AUGAUGAAACUCAUCAUGUUGUGCAUUUUGCUAGCAUGCUUCGUCUUGAUGGCUUCAGCGUUAUCUGAGAAUGAUCAACAGAAUGCGGGCGCUGAUGGUCCUUCGGUGCUAGUGAUCGGCUUAGGUCCCGCUGGCUUAUCCUUUUUACAUGCUCUGGCAUCAAAGAGAAAUCAGCUACAAGAAGCUGGUGAUUUGGAGGGUCUCAAAGCGCUUCCGAGAGUCACUGCUGUUGAGCGCGCUUCAGGUCCUGGUGGGAUUUGGCGAGAACACACAAAGAAAGGCGACAAUGAAUAUCGCAAUAUGUAUGGGGAUUUGUGGACCAAUCAUCCCAAGGAAACUUUUGAGUACCCCGAUUAUACUUUCGCGGAUCAUUUCGGAAACAAGGAGCUACCAGCCUUUCUGAGACGAGAACAUGUCCGAGACUACAUCCUGGCACGAGUUACAAGUGUAGAAAAUGUAUUUGAAACCAACAGCGUCUAUUUUCAGACUGAGGCCAAGAAUGUCCAGUACAUUAAACGAAAAGGUCAGUUUGUGGCAACUCUGGACCAAUGGCAAGAGGAUGAAUCAAUAGGGAAUAACGGUUCGAAAACAUGGACCACAUCAUCAACGCUUUACUUUGACAAGAUCAUAUGGUGUGGAGGCUGGAACGGAAUCCCCAGCUAUCCCCUCGAAAUCUUAGCCACUUUGGAUCAAGGUCGCUACAAGGGAAUUCGAAUGCAUUCCCUUGAAGUGGAUAGCCUUUUGAAGGAUUCCAUAGAGAAUAAAACAAUUGUGCUGAUAGGGGAUAAUGACUCUGCCAACGACAUCGCCUAUCAGAUGCUCAAGCGUGGUGCAAACAAGGUUAUAAUUGCGAGUAGAAAUGAUAAGGGAUCCGCUUCGUUGCUCCCUAGCUGGCCAGAAAACAGGGUGGAGAUUCUUCGUCAUUAUCAGCUGGCGGGCGUGACAGAAGAUGGCACCGGACUUUUGUUUGGAACGAGCGAUGUAAACCAGGGAAGGAGUAUUGCGGAUGUAUCAGUAGUUAUCUUAUGCACCGGAUACGACCCAAAUGUGAAUUCACUAUCUCCGGAAUUAUCAUUUGCGCUUCAACACCUGUGGCACCUACCGGGAUCACUCCCCAUCCCAGCUAGCUACAAGAAGCAUGGUUUGGAAAACGACUUUUGGGGUGUCCCGGAUGGAUGGGAAAUGCCUCACAACGUCCUGACGGAUGAACUCACAAAGCUCAACAAUGGAGAUGAACAUAUUGAACCCGAUCUUGGGAAAGCCAUGGGAUCGUAUAUUUCCAACAAGUAUAUCUAUCGAAAUGUUUUCAUUCACAACACCAACAUGUUCUUCAACCACGAAACCACGUAUCAGCAGCUAUUCGAUAUUGAUGUGAGUGCUUGGCUCAUCCUAGGGUACAUGACUGGAGAAGUAUCGAUUCCUGAUCUAAAUACCAUGGAGCAACGCAAUUUGGAAGAGGUCAUCCUCCAAAUGGAGAAUCCCAACAACCGCUAUCAUCUUGAUCGCGAGUACGCUUCUCUGUUGGACGUACUCAGGAAUGACAAGGAUCACUGGUAUUCACACGGUCGGGAUAGGCGUAAGCGCGAGUUGUACAGGGCCGAGUUCGAAGUCCAAGUCAGAUUGAUAGCUCGAGAUAUGCAAGAUGCCAAGUACCCAGCAUCGUAUGGCAACUUUACACAUCUGAAUCGAAAUGGGAUCGAUUUGGUGGAGAUGUCAGUGGACUUUUAUCAUAACAAAUACUGGAUUGGAUACACGGAUGAUAGGAAUAUGCAUAACCCGGCGAGAGGUUGGACCUACCGCGACAUGGACUGCUCGACGUACAAGUCAUUGUGGAGUGGAUUUGUAUCGAAACCGUUUAAUGGCCAUUGGCUGGAUGUGGAUGACCACGGCUGUCUUGUUGAAGAUGCAUCUGACUGCGGGAUACCGCGAAUUCGCAAAUAUACCAACGAUUCGAUCCAAAUGCGAUUACUGCCGACGGGAUCCGAGGUGUCGGAUGAAACUGACGAUGCUGGUUUCCAUAGUUAUUUUCAAGAUGGCGAAGUUUUAGAGCUCGCGCUCACGCUGGUGGUUGUGAUCGCAUUCAUUACCACGAGCACCAAAAUCGUGUUUGCUGAAGAAUCAGAAAUCAAUAAGAGCAGUAACGGUGCUGACAAAUUGCCGAGCACGACCAGAUACCGUAGGUUCCGAUCCAUUGACGUGCUGCGUGGGAUGUGCGUUUUCAAUAUGAUCUUCAUUCACUUUGGAGAGUAUCUGUCCGCCCAAUGGUUUCGAAAUUGCUCUCUUUUCGGUACGCCUGCUUUUCUGCUUAUUGCCGGCUUGAGUUUUCAUGUUCUAUCCGAAUCAGCGAAAAGGAAAGGCGAAGGCGUUAGUGGACGAGCAUUCCAAAGGGCAAUGUUUCUCUACCUUCUCCAAGGAGCUCAAUCAAUUGUAUUGAGCGGAAAAGUCGAUGACGUCUACUCGUGUGAAACUCUGAUGAUUGCGGGGCAUGCUCAACUGAUUCUUGGUAUGGUCCACAAUUUCGAAGCACCAGUUCUAGCCCUCUUUAGUGCAAUCAUCAUUGGUAUGACGGGAGCUGUUCGGGUCGCCUUUAUGGAUACGGACGAGUAUUGGAGAAUCACUGAUUUCGGGGGCAGCGUAACCUUUGAUCCAAUGACCGACUUCAGUGAAUGGGAGGAUAUCUUUCACUUUCAUGUUACCGAUGGGUUUUUUCCAUUGUUCCCGUACGCUGCAUACCCCAUCCUCGGCCUUGCCAUUGGAAAAUUGAUUUAUGGAAAGGAUGAAGUCGAGUCUAGAUCAAGACACGUGAAAGUACUUGCCAUUGCGGGGAGUAUCCUACUUACAUUGAGCGUCGCCCUGUUGAUGGUUGGCAAGCUUGCACCCUCUUUGAUCGAUAAAUCGCGGCUAUUUGGUGUAUAUAUUGGGACAUGGAGGUCGUGGCCGUAUGAAAGCUUGGAACACGUACUAGUAUCUGUUGGACGUUCUCUUCUCUACGUUGCCGUGGCUACCAAAAUGUUUGAUGGCGAUGACGCCGAAAGUAUCGAGCCCUCUUUACGAAUAUCCAUUCGCAAUUUCUUUUCCGUGUUUGGCAGAUUCUCCUUGACAUUGUUUUCAUUACAUCAUGUUGCCAUUUAUGGCAUUCUUGGGAUCGGUGGCUACAUGGCCGGUGAAUCAUACCUAGCCAUGUUUGAGAACAUGUUUGAACUGAAGACUUCUCUGUUGUUGGGUGCUGUGUUCCUUGUUGUGAUGCACGAGUUGUGCGUAUGGCUUGAGAGAGAGUCGAUCCCCACCUUGGAAUAUUUGCAGAGACUCUUUUGUAGGUUACAAUUAACCAGCACUCGCAUCGCUUCUGUUCAAGAAUCGAAAAAAGAGGACACAGGCAAGUCUCAGAGGUCUCUUCGGUUCCGAUCCAUAGACGUUCUGCGUGGGAUGUGCGUUUUCAAUAUGAUCUUUGUCCACUUUGGAGAGUAUCUAUCAGCCCAAUGGUUCCGAAAUUGCUCUCUUUUUGGCACACCUACUUUUCUCCUUGUUGCCGGCUUGAGUUUUCAUGUCCUAUCCGAAUCGGCGAAGAGAAAAGGCGAGGGCGUUGGUGUGCGAACCUGCAAAAGGGCAAUCUUUCUCUAUCUCCUGCAAGCAGCCCAGUCACUGAUUUUGAACGGAAACAUUGAUGAUAUCUUUGUGUGUGAAACUCUAAUGAUUGCUGGCCAUGCUCAGUUGCUUCUUGGAUUGGUCCACCAGUUCCAGGCACCAGUUCUGGCCGUUCUGGGUGCCACCAUCCUUGCUACGACGGGAUUCGUUCGAGACGAAUUUAUGGACAUUGAAGAAUAUUGGAGAAUCAAUACUUCCGAGGGCAACGUCAUGGGGUUUGAAGUGUUGACGGAAGACACUGAAUUGGAAGAUAUCUUGCACUUUCAUUUUGUGGAUGGUCUAUUUCCAUUGUUUCCCUAUGCGGCAUAUCCCAUCCUCGGUCUUGCCAUUGGAAAGGCAAUAUAUGGAAAGGAUGAAGCCGAGUCGAGAUCAAAGAAUCUAAAAGUACUUGCCAUUGCUGGGGGUAUCAUCCUUGCAUCUGGUGUCGGGCUCUUGAUGGUUGGAAAACUCAUACCGGAAUGGAUUGACGAAUCGUGGCUGUAUGGUGUGUACAUUGGAGCCUGGAGGUCGUGGCCGUAUGAAAGCUUGGAGCACAUACUCGUGUCACUUGGGCGGUCUCUUCUCUACGUUGUCGCAGCAACCAAGAUAUUUGAUGGUGAUCAUGACGCUGAAAGUGAUGUACAGCCAUCUAUACGAGGAUCCAUUCGUGAUUUCUUCUCGAUGUAUGGAAGAUUCUCGUUGACAUUAUUUCCUCUACAUCAUGUUUUUAUCUAUGGCAUUCUUGCGAUUGGCGGAUUCUCGACUGGUGAAUCCUACCAAGCCAUGUUUGAGAACAUGUUUGAACUAAAGACGUCUCUUUUGUUGGGUGCGAUAUUCCUGUGUGUGGUGUACGAAUUGUGUUUGUGGCUGGAGAGAGAAUCAAUUCCCACGUUGGAGCAUUUGCAAAGGCACCUCUGCAACUCGCGGCUCACUUUGGCUCCAGCCGUGAGACCUUCCAAGAAGCGUGACUGA